AAUUCUAAAUUUUCAAGUAACUAUAGCAGUGAUUAUUUUAACUUUGGUGUUUUAAGUUUUUUUGAACGUUUGUUUUAAAACGUUCUUUCUUGUGUAGUGUAAUAUUGAAUUAAUUAUGUAAAGUAUCAUACACUGUUUUCUUUACUGUAAAUUGUUACACAGACAUAUUAUACACCAAAAAUGACAAUUUCUGUGAUAUCUAAUCAAAAAAAAAAAAUCCAUUAAUUUAAGUCAAAAAUUAUAAUAAUAUGUUGAAUAAUGAAUGCUAAAGAACGUGCACGUAAUAGAUGGAAAUUAUUGGCAAAUACAGUCAGUAAAAAAUGUCAAGACCAGAUAUGUGCAACAAAAAUAAGCUAUGAUCUCUUUAAUAUCGAAUGCAUCAAUACCGAAUGGUCUAAAUAUUCUUCAUGUGUUCAAAACAAUAAUUUCUCAGCAAUUGUAUGUCGGUCUCCUAUAAUUGUUACGCCUGAGGAACUUAUGGGCUUUAACAAUACUGGAAAUGUUCGUAUAUGGCCAUCUGAAGAAGUAUUAGCUUACUAUGUACUAUCAAAUCUGGAUUCAUUCAGAGAUAAGACUGUACUCGAGCUGGGCGGUGGUAUGAGCUGUUUGGCAGGUAUAAUGGCUGCUUUAUAUGGUUUUUGUAGUGAUGUUCAUUUGACUGAUGGAAAUCCGAAUUCUGUAUACAAUGUUGAGCGUAUACUUGAGAAAAAUGUGUUCACAACCAAAGUUACUUGUUCGGUGUUGAAAUGGGACCAAAGACCUGCAAACAUUUGUCAUUACGAUGUGGUACUAGCCGCUGAUUGCCUGUUUUUUGAUGAAGCUCGUGACGAUUUGGUGCAUACUAUUGCUGCAUCAUUAUCAUUUGAUGGAGUUGCAUUGGUUGCAGCGCCAAAACGAGGGACUACUUUGUACGAGUUCAUAAACAUGGCACAGCAAGAGGGUUUGAUAUGCACCAUACAGCAAAACUACAACAGUCUGGUAUGGGAACGUCACUCUAAACAGGUUCUCUACAAUCCAUCAUAUGAUGCUGAUUCACAUUAUCCAUUGUUGAUAAGUAUUACCAAAGCGACCAAAAUUAUCGAUUGCCAAUUUCAAUAAAAUAUUUAAGAAACAAUUAUAUACAUCAGUUAAAAUUAAAAAAUUGGAUCUGAAAUCCAAAAAUGUCAGUAACUUGACUUUUCAAUAUUAAAAAAAUCAAAAUAAUAAUCAACUUCUGAGAAUAAAUAUAUUUUAAUUGAUUUCUACAAUGGUGAAUCCAUAGGAAGGCACAAUUUAUUAGAUCAAUCAUCUCCCUAUUAUUUUUGAGUUUAAUUUCUUCUUAUUGUAAAACAAUUGUUACAAAGCUUACAUUUAGAAAUGUGUUUUAAAAAAUUCUAACACAAAAUAUAAUAAUUUAUAGUAAUUUUUCUCUCAUCAUCAAUAUCCCUCUACUCUAAACGGUAUUAUAAUAGUUUAUAAUUAGUAUAGUUUCCUAAUUUUUGUUUGUUAAAUAACUAUAAAGUUUCCUCUCCCAUUUUCUGGAGUUGAACACAUCCAUGGAUUCUUUUAUUUAUAAUCCAAUAGUUACAUUUCAGUAUUUAUUUAUUUAUAGAUUUUAUUGUUAUUAUUUCUUAAUAUUAUUCCUUAAAACUACUACCUACCUGUCUAUGUAUAUAUAUAAUGCAUUAUACUUUUUAUUAUAUAUUGAUACCUAAUUUCCAAAACAAAAAAAAACAGUUGUAGGUAUGUUAUGAGUUGAUUGUGGAUCAAACUGAGCUUGAAGUUAAUUUUAUAUAUAAUAUUGUAGACAUAUGAAAAUUGUAUUAUUUCUUAUUAUGUAGUUCCAUUACUUUAAUUAAAUUUAAUAGGUUCUUGUCCUAGACAAGAAUGUUUAAUAUCAAAUAGAGUUCCUAGAGCUUACUGACAAAAUUUUUUAAACAGGGUGUUGGUUUAUUCGAAUUUUCUAUUAAAAUAAAUAAAUUAUAUUUAAAAUACUCAUUGUUCUGAAAGUUGCCAAUAAUUUAAAUUUAAUUUAAUACCUUGUUAUAAAUUGUUUUUAAAUUUUUUAUCUCCAUUGUUCCUCAACUAUAGUUUCUUGAUUAUUUUUACUACCUAUUAUAUCUAUUUCAUUAUAGUAUUUAUUUUAAAUAUUAUAUUGUUUUAGAUGUUUUAGUUUUAUUUGCAUGUAAUAAAUAAUUACAACCACAAUUAAAAUUAUUUAUAAUUGAUAAAUAACAAUAUAAGUAAUUUACUUUUACACACAUUUCUCAUACAUUUAUUAUUGUCUGUUUAUUUGUUAAUACUUAAUUGCAAUUUAAAUAAUAUUUUGAGAUACCAAUUAUAUAAUUAAAGCAAGGAAAAUAAUUUGGCGUGACUAUUUUUGUUACAAAUACAUUCUAGUUUAUUAGUUUUUGAUCAUUUAUUACUGAAAGGUAGAUAUUAUCUAGUUUAUUGUAUUGGUACUUUUAUUGUAUGCUAUCCUCUACAAAUCAUUAAUACUGAAACCAAAUAUAGCCGUACUGUCCGUACUCCAUGUUAGUUUUUAAUUUGAUAAAUAUUUCAAAAUUAAUUUUGUUUGUAAAGUAAGGGAUACGAAUGAUAAGUAAAUUAAUCCAAUAGGAGAACAUGCUUAAAAUUUUUAAUUUUUAUGGAGAUACAUUAAAUUGAGUAUGUAAUAAAAAUACUUGGAUCAACAUAUGUAUUAGAUCACCCGACUUCAAGAUGAAUAGUUGCAGUCAGUAUUAACUCAUCCAAAUAAAAUAUGUUAGAAGCUUUCUAAUACAACAUAAAAAUAAUAUAUACUUAAGAAAAUAAAGUUUUUAAUAACAUUUGAUGUAUAACAAUGUUGAUCAAUAUCUUAUCACUUAUCAGCUAUAAAAAAUUAAGUUAUAAUUAAAUUAUACAGGUUAUAAAAUAACCUUUCAAUUAAUUAGUUUAUAUCAUGCAAUUAGUAGUAGCAUACAAAACUAGUACCAUAGUAUUAAAAAAAAUAUUUAUAAAUUUAUUGCAUACCUUUCACUAUUAAUUAUAUUUAAAUUUAUGUUCCUAUCUGUAAUGUUUUUUUUUCCUGCUUUAUAACUAUAGAUUGUGUGUUCUAAAUAUUGUAAACAACUUUUAAAUCUCUUAAAGUCUUAACAUAGGUAAAAAUCCUAUGAAUUUAACUUUAUUACUAUAGUAAUUAUAAACACCAAAACAUUAAACAUAUUGAAUUUAAUCAUAAUACAAUACUAUAAUAUGGGUAUAUUAUAUAUUUAUAAAAUUAUAUAUUAAUAUAAUGCUAGCGCUAUUAUAAAACCUAGGGUCCAAUCUAGAAAUAAUUAUAACUUGACAUACGUUUUAAUAUAUUAAUAUUGUAUUCAUUAGCUUUAUAUAAUAAUAUAUAAAAUAUGUAAUAGGUAGGUAUUUAAUAUUAUAUAUUUAUUUAUAUUAUUGUUGUAGAUAAUUUUAAAAGACAAUUAUUUUUUACACUGUUACCGUUUGAUAAGUUUAUUCAACAUUUCUAGUCUUGUUUAGUCAUUAUUCAUAUCGAUUAAGUAUUACUUUUCAAAAUAGAAGUGAUUUAUUUAUUAGGUAUAUUAUUAGUGAUGUGUUCUAUAGCUUAGUUAACAAAUAAUGUGAUAAUUAAAAAACAAAAAAAUCUCUUGCCUAAUUGGUAAAUUUGUUCAAUAAUACCUAUAUUCAAUAAAUAUCAUGAAUAUGUAUUGUGUGUAUUAUUAAACUUAUGUUUUGCAUAAUUUAUAAUUUUAAUACAAUUGUAUGGAUAAUGGAUACUCAUUCCAAUUACUUUUCCGUGUUAUUCAAUAUUAUCUUAAAUCAUGUAAUUUUGUUACUAUAUUAUAUUAUAUUAAUAAUUGGAUACCUAUAUAAAAUGUAAUUGUUUUAGGUUUAGAAUUUAAAAAAUAGACAAUAUUAUAGUUUUUGGUAUUAUUAACGAUUAUUUUUAAUGUUUAUAUAACACAAGUAGUAAUGAGAAAAUCAUGGUUGCCAUUUUAUUUAAAAUAAAUAGUAGUAAUAAAAAAAAAAAACUGCGUUAGUAAUCUGCCAAUUUACGUCGAUCUCUCCUCUCAAUGAUUGACAACAACAAACCGUGGGUGUACUAUAUGCAGCGUGAAUUUCAAUAUAUGAGUUAUAUUCGUUUACUGUUUUGACAUGAGUGUAAAAUUAAUCAAAGGAAGAACAUCUCGAAGUGGUGGUUCGUUGCCAUGCAUUUGUGUUUAAAUACCCAUUGCCAAAGACUACGGUUUAGAUACUGUAUAAACUACAAAUUAUAUAUUUCUAGGUACCUAUAUAUAAUACACUGUGUCUCCUGUGUACCUUAUGUCAGACUAUAAUUUACUUAACACAUUGAUAAAAGACAAGUCCCAUUGUGGUUUAUUGUAGUCCAUUAAAAUCUUCAUACCACCCACUUGUGUAAAUGUUAUCACUCAUGUAUAUUUUGUUUUUAAUUCGAAGUCGCUAAAACAGUUAAUACAUUUUAACGUGGGUUAAAAUCUCACAAAUGAUAAUAUUAAAUUUUUCUACUUACUAGUUAAUUUAGUAUUUAAGAGCAAGUAUACAAUUUUCUUUCUAAGAUAAAUAAAAUAAACUUCUGUAGACGUUAAUGCGUUAAGUGUAUAUUAAUAAUUUAUAAUAAUUAUAAACAUACCAGUCGCGCAACCAAGAAUGUUUAGUGUGCUAAGAGAGGAAUUCAAUGUAUUACCAUAAUAUUUUAUUAUUAUUAUUAUAAACGUAUUUAUAAUACAAAUUAUGGUGAAAAAUUAUUAAUAAUUAUACGUAUUAAUAUAUAUUAAUUAUUAUGUAUUUCCAUUGAUUAAAAAUACAAUAGACAUAUAAGUAUAUUUAAUCAAUGACUGUACUUCUUCCGUGUGCUGUAACUUUGUACAUACUACAUUUGAGAAGAAGCAAAGUGAAACUAUGGUUAAUAUUCUGGAAGGGGAGGACUAGAUAUAGUUUCAAAAAAAAAAAAUAAUUAAUUAUAAGUUACAUAGUUUAUUUAGUUUAUACAAAUAAUUUUCCAGCAGGCUUUUAAAACUUUUUAGAAAUCGUAUAUGUUAAUGAACGAAGGUGCCUUUAUAAAUUCAAAUGUCCCUAGGUACUUAAUUUCUAUAUUAUAUUAUACUUAAAUCUGUAAAUUCAACAAGCCUCUAUUUAUUUUAAAUCUAAAUGGCUUACAUAAUCGUCAAUUAUUAUUUAACAAAGAGUAUGUGAUUUCAGGUUUGUGUUAUAGACUGUAAUUGACUAGUUUGUCUUAUUGACAAUAAAUAUACAAUAAUUUAUUGAGUAUUUAUUAUAAUUUAUAUAUAUAUUUUCUUUUAUUGUAAUAAACAAUAAAAAACAUUAAAAUUUA